AGCAUAUCCAUGCGCCUGGGUUUCAUUUGCCAUUGCGACCCACGUUCGUGCCGACAAACACUGCAGCUUCUUUCUGCCGCAUGAAUUGGCAAAAUGCCUGGGAGGAGGUGCCGCUGCCUGCGUGGCAUCCAGGGUCAGGGCGACUGCAGCCGGUGCAACGUGGAGGGACCAAGGAGAGCUCCACGUCCUCGGAUCGGGGCUUCCGCUGGCGGUCCAUUUGGUCUGCGCAGGCAACAGGCAGCGACACGGACAGCGAAGGGGAGGGGCUGGCCGCUUCGCUGUCGGAAACCUCAGUCUCAAGGCGAGCCUCCAUCUCCAGCACAGGUACAUCGCCGUGCGGUGCCUAUCGCUUUAGUGUGGGUGUGUGGUCAUCCUGGCCAGCAUCACGCCACAUUCGUGUAGACGAUUGUCCUUUUGCUGGACCCACCGCCGUGGUGAAGCAUCCAGAAGCGGACGUAGUAGGAGCCCUGCCCCAGCUGACCACGCCUGCUCGGAUGGCUUGGAGCUGCCUUGGUUCUUUCCAGGGCACUUGGGGCCAGUCCGCUGGAGGCCACAUUGCCGCAACCUUGGCUGCGGAGAAAGGUUGGAGCGCUGCGCCCUCUCCCUGGGCCAGCGAUUGCGAGAGGUGUGAUGAGGCGGCUGCUGCCUCUGUACUACAGGCGUAUUGGCGAGGAGCCAUGGUCCGGGCGGCGCACCGGCGGCGGCUGUGGGCGGCGCAGCGCCUCGUGGAGCUGCUGAGGGCGCUGCUCAGGGCCCGGGAGGAUCGGCGGCGUUUCCUGCGCCUGAAGGGCGCGGCGUUGCGGAUCCAACACUUCCUGCGGGAGCAAUCCAGAGCGAAAGCCCCAAUGGAGGCCAUGGGCGAGAACGUGCCCAUGGAGCCGAUGUCUCCGCGUAAGGCGACAGCCCUGCUGAAGAUGGCGACCCGCGUGAUGGGGCGACUACCCAAGCUAGAGGAGCCAGGAGGAGUACGGCCAGCACUUCGAGGUGCUGCCAGACGAAAGCUGCUAGGAGAGGAGUCGCCGCGUUUGUGCGGUGAGCGUGUCGAGCGCCCGCGCCGCCGGAGCUGUGGUUCGCCAGUGCCAGAGCGCAAGGUGGCUCCAGUCUGUCCCUCCCCCCCCCGUCGAGAGGCACCCCGAUUGGACUCUGGCGCCUUGAUCCUGUCAGAGCUCCUGAGUCAAGGACUUUUGGUCCAGGAGGAGACCAUAGAUGAUGGCGGCCCGCUGCAAGCGGCGCUCCGCGAGCUCACCACUCGCACUGGCAGCCAGAUCUGCCUCGUGGCGCGGGUAGCGCAGACGUCGGCGUUGGCGGCGGCCUACUCGGCGGUGCGCGCCUCUUUGGGCCCCGAGCGGCUCAUGUGGCACGGCACCUCCUGGGACUGCGUCCCCAACAUCGUGCGUUCUGGGUUCAACCGUGCCUACGCCUUCAACGCGAGGCACGGCUCCAAGCUUGGGCGCGGCGUGUACUUCGCGGAAGACCCGGGCUACGCACUGCGCUUCGCGGGCCGCGGGGCCACCCGCUGCAUGCUGCUCUCCGGGGUCUUGCCCGGAAACUCUGCCCGUGGCAAGGAAGGGCUGCUGGAGCCGCCCCGAGUGGACGCCACCGGCGCGCGCUUCGACUCCACCUGUGACGACCCCGGCAGGCCGCGGGUCUUCUGCGUGUUCAAGGACUUCCAAGCCUUGCCGCUGUACCUGGUGCAGGUGUCUGUACCUUGAGAUCAAGCUGAGUGUGCCCCAGGCCAGCGCUCACCCGAAGCGCGAGUUGUGGCCUAUGCACAUCGAUUUCUGGCGCUCUGACCCAGUUGAGUGAAGCCAAGAGGCGCACUCGUGACGCACCCCCCCCUUUUCACCAGCCCAAGGGAGAUUUAUCGAGAUGCUCCGCUCUUGCCCAGAGUCAAGAACGAACA